AUGUCGCCGCAGGAAACAGGCGCUGGAAUGAACAUGAACAGUCGACCAUCGCCAACGGCAACCUCGGGGAUGCAAGGAGGAGCGACUGAAGAGGAAAUGGCGAUGGCGAAGGAAGAUCCACUCGCGGCGCAGGUAUGGAGGAUGUACGCGAAAGCGAAAACGGCGUUACCGAAUAGUGCACGAAUGGAGAAUUUGACGUGGAGGAUGAUGGCGAUGAACCUCAGGAAGAAGAAAGAGGCGGAGGAGAGGGCGGGAAGAAGUGCGGAAGCAUCCCGCAGAAACUCGAUUGAGCACGCUACUGUUUCGGCGUCAAUAUCCUCCUCGUUCGGAAACAACUACACCAACAACGACCCAGACGCCAUGUUUGUCGAUGAUCUUGUCAAUAUGUCACCCAGUGGUACCAUGUCACCAUUGGAGGAGAACCAUUCGACAAGUCAGGCGAUUCCAAUCGGGGCGGGGUCUAGAGGAAGUUUACCCCCGUUGAAGGAGGGCGAGGUGUUGGAGCACACGCAGAUGGAGACUGUCUCGCAGGGGAGGCCAGAGUAUAGUUAUUUGCAUCAUGCGUUGAAGGGGACGGAUAUGGAUCCAUCGAAACAGAACCGCAAACGCGCAGCAGAUUUCUCGCCAAAGGUUGCUCCGGUUGCUCCGCUUGCGAGUAUCACCAUCCCCAAUGAUCCGGAGGUUGAGCCUACGGUCUACAACCUCGAGCCACCGGAUGCACCACCAUCCUUCCCUCUCCAGACAUCACACCCAGGAAACUUCCCAUACGGACUCGACCCACUCGCCAUGGAAGGGCCGGAAGGAAUUAUCACACCGCAUCCUGGCUCAAUUCCCAGCCAAAACGCGUUCUCCUUCUCCAACUCUUUCCACCAACCCAGCAGUUUCCCGCAGAUGUGUAACAGUCUCUCUUCAUCCGUGCAGAGCGAACAGGUGUUUUCACCACCGGGCAGUCAGCCUACGAGUCGGGUUAGCACGCCGUAUGCGAUGCAGGAGACGGCGGAUAGCAUGUAUUUCCCGAGUUAUCCGCAGGACCACUCGGUUAGUUCAUCGGUCAAUAUGCCGUUUGGGUCACACCAUAUGUCGGGGUCUUUCAUGCCGGGGAGUGCCCAGUCUGGUUUCGAUAUGAACAUGGUGUUUUCGCCUCAGGAUAAUGAGGUGUAUAUCCCUGGUGAUGGCGGCGCGAGUGCACCGACCAGUCUGCCAACGAGUCAGUACGGAAGUCCGAUCGCGGAGUUUCCGCAGCAUGUCAACCCGCGUCAAGUAUUGACGGGGGGAUUUGGUGGUGCACCGCAUAGGAAUGUCACGUUUGGGUUUGGCGAUGAGGAGGAGAACGAUGAUGGUUCAGGCGCGAGAGGAAGGGGAUCGAGGAGUAGCAGUGGUACCACCACGCCGAACCAGCAGUAUGGUGAUUUUCAGUUCAACGUACCGAAGAAACCGGAGUCUCAGCCGAUGGCACAGCCGAUGGUUAACCCCAGGUUUGGCACCGCGAUGGGAAUCGAUACUUCGAGAUCUUCGUCGUUUAGUGCGAGUUAUGGACGGUCACCGACGGUAUCGUCGUUCGCGGCAAUGCACACGCAACCCAACCCAACGAGAAAAGUCACGAUUGCCGCACCGGAUGAUAUGCGUCCCAUGCCUACCACGGCACCACACAGGCGUACGGGAUCCAUCUCGGCUGGAGCUGGACGGAGUCGUAAGGCGGCCAUCCAGCGAACGAACUCGACGCCCAACACGAUGGCGAUGGCGAAGGAGGCUAUGAGUGCCGCUGCGAAACGGGCACAGUCGAACCCGUGUUCGCCGCCUGAGGUGCAUCGGUCCUUACCCCCUGGCACUGCUAGCGGAACGGGUUCUGCGGGAGCAUCGAGUCAGGGUGCGUCGCCGGCGAGUGCGAGUGACAAGAACACGCCGCCAGCUGAUACGAAAGCUGAGAAGGCUGGCAAGUCGCAGAAUGGCGUCACGAGUUGUACGAACUGUGGGACGACUACUACUCCGUUAUGGAGAAGGAACCCCGAGGGACAGCCGUUGUGUAAUGCCUGUGGUUUGUUCUUGAAGUUGCAUGGCGUCGUGCGUCCGCUAUCACUGAAGACGGAUGUCAUCAAGAAGCGUAACAGAGGAAACCCCUCCAGCUCUAACACGGCUGCACCGCAGUCCGGUUCUGGUCCAGUUGCUGUACCUGGUGCUGGUGCUGGCUCGCGAGCCGCGAAGAAGCCCAUUUCCAGGAAGAACUCCGCGGGAAGCAUUACCGGGAAUCUUGCGCAAUCCCUCAAGAUGACGAGUUUGAGUAGUUCUCCUGCACUGUCGAUGUCAAUGGGCCAGUCCAACACCGCAGCAAUCGCAAUCCCCGCAAGUACCUCACCAGAUGACAACGUCUCCAUGCCGACCUCCCUUCCCGGCAGUUUCGGUGCCCACCACACUAACUCCUUCAUUGGUUCAUACCAGAGUCAACAUCACCACAUGCCACCUCAGUCUCAACCGCAGUCGCUCCAGCAUACGCCAACACCGACGCCAACACCGACCCCCGCUCAAUACGUCGUGCAUAAACGCCAGCGAACGGAUCAGACGAGGGAAGAGGCAAUGCACGGCACCGAAAUGGAAAUGGCGGAUGACAAUGGUGCGCAGUUUGCGUCUAUGAGUAUGCCGAACUCGAUGCCUGCGAAUAUGGGGGCGAUGCAUAUGCCUGGUGGUCAAGGCCAUGGUGCUGGUGCUGGUGGUCCGGGGGCGGAUGAAUGGGAGUGGUUGACGAUGGUGAUGUGA